CAGUGGAGUGGCGUGAGGCAACCAUGAUUAGAUUUUGGGUAUUGGUCGUUUUUUUGGUGUCCACCGUGUAUGGUGAGGGCGCAGAUCAUGAGACGUUUAAGAAUUGUUCACGAAUUGAAUUUUGCACAACACUAAGAGGGCUAACACUCGAGGACGACGAGCAGUUCACAGCUGACGUCAAAAAUGUUGGUGGUACCAACAGAGUAGCUACCAUUCCGCUUUCUAAUGGUAAUAAAGAAUCUCUGACUUUAGAACUGACGCUACUGGCUUCACACACAAUCAGACUUAAAGUGUUGGAAAUAAACCAUACCCGUUAUGAGAUACCGUACGUGUUGAACGGAGAACCAGAAGCUGCAAAUUUCAGCGUCAAAACCGACGAUACCAGCGCCACCUUUACUCCAGACGCAAAUGAUUAUAACGAUUACCAUGUGGUCGUGAAAAGCGGGCCACCAUUUACCGUUGAAUUUUAUUAUGGAGAUAACCAGGAAGUUGUUUUUACAAGCGAGCGUCUAGUUAUGAGAAAUAGCGAAACCAGCCAUCCAUUUACUUUCGGAGUAACCUUCUUAUCUGCCCAAAUGCUCUACGGUUUGUCCCAUCACGCUUUCAACUUGGGACUUCCGGAAACUGCUGACGGUUCCAUGGAUCCCAUCCGACUGAGGAACGCCGACAUAUCUUACUACGAAAUCAACGACACCUUGGGGCUAUACGGAUCCGUCCCGGUCAUCUAUGGUCAUUCCGUAAACUGGACGUCCGGCGUAUUUCUGCAUAACGCGGCUGAACAGUGGAUCGAUAUUGGUUACGAAGACGACAAAGCUUCCGCGUACUUCAUGGUAGAGAGUGCCACCUUGGAUCUUUUCGUUUUGCUCGGUCCAAAUCCGAAAAGUGUCGUUAGGCAGUACACAACACUGACUGGAGUCGCGCAUAUGCCCCAGAUAUGGGUUUUGGGUUACCACCAAUGCCGUUGGUCGUACUGGACACAAGAAGACGCCAAAAGCGUUGUCGCGAAUAUGGACAAGUACGACUUCCCCAUGGACGUGCUGUGGUUGGACGACGGUCACAGCAACAAGAACAGAUACUUCGAAUGGAAUCCUGAGAACUACUCGGACCCCAUCGAAAUGCAGCAGAAUAUCUCCUCGACCGGACGAAGAAUCGUCACUAUUCUGGAUCCUCAUAUAAAGGUAGCUGACGAUUACGCAGUAUAUACCGGAGCCAAGGAAAAAUAUUUCGUAAAAUGGGCUAACGGCUCAAAUUUUGAAGGUAUCUGCUGGCCGGGUCUUGCGAGUUGGAUAGAUUUCUUGAACGAAGAAGCCAGUGAUUAUUAUGGCAGUUGGUAUCGUUACGAUCGGUUCAACAAGAGUACCCCCACUCUGGCAGGGGCUUGGAAUGAUAUGAACGAACCUUCGGUAUUCGACAAUAACUUGGAGAAAACGUUACCUUUUGAAGUUCUUCAUAAUGGCACUGUGGAACACAGGAACAUACACAAUAUGUAUGGAUUUUUACAGACGAGAUCCACGCAUAAAGGACUCUUGAUUAGGGACAACAGCACGGUGCGUCCGUUCAUCCUCACAAGGUCCCACUUCGCUGGAAGCCAGAGGUACGCCGUCAUGUGGACAGGCGACAACACAGCCGAAUGGCCUUAUAUCCGCCUUUCUUACUCGGAGUGUCUGACUGCGAAUCUCCUGGGAAUGGUGAUUUGCGGUGCCGACGUGGCCGGUUUCUUCGACAACAGGACGUCCGCUGACGAGGAACUAUCCCAGAGGUGGUACCAAGCCGCCAUUUGGCUACCUUUCUUCAGAGGUCACUCCGAAAAGACCACGGCCAGGCGUGAGCCUUACUUGUUCUCGGAGGACGCUCAGGUGGUCAUAAGGAACGCUCUCAAGCUGCGAUACAAGCACAUACCGGUCUUCUAUACUCUCUUCUUCGAAUACACGUUGACUGGAGAGCCUAUAAUCAGACCGUUCUUCUACCACUAUCCUUCGAUGCUCACGUAUGACGACCAUCUUCUUUUAGGUACUGACAUCUUGGCUAGACCCGUAUUCGAAGAGAGCGCCACCAAAGUCACAGUCACACUACCAGGGGAAGAGCCUGCCCUUUGGUACCGAGUUGACGAUGAAUCUUGGACGUCGUAUUCUGCGGGAACGGAAUUAGAAAUCGAUGUGGACAUUUCUGCGUCACCAUUCUUUUAUAGAGGAGGUAGUAUAAUUUCCAGGAAGGACAGAGAAAAGGGAUCGACGACAGACAUGGUUGACGAUCCCUUCACUGUAUAUGUUAAUUUAGAUGCGGAUUCUGCUGCUAGUGGUACGCUCUACGUAGACGAUUACUACAGCUUUGACUACCAAAACUACGACAAUUUCCUGUACAUAUUAAUGAAGUACAUACCAGAAUCUCACGGCCUAGAUAUCACGGACUUGAGUGUAAAUUCCACCGGCAUUAAUCUUCUGUUCCAAAGGAUUGUAAUAAAUUCACCUACAGGUAAGUCAUUUUACCACAUACGACAUAGGAAGUGUAGAUGACAGUAGUGUUUAGGG